AUGUCCGAUGAAAUAAUGUCCGAUGAAAUAUCCUUAUGGUGCCGGUACCAACCCAACCCAACCAGCCAACAGCGGAUGAGAUCAGUGCAUACGAAUGCAUCUACGACUUUGGGUCUGGGGCCUGGGUCCAUCGAAAUUGUCAUGAUGAGAACUUGGAGGCUGAAUUCAUUCAAACUCGAAGAUACGAAUACGCAAUGGAUCUGGUCGGAGGGAAGAGAACAAUGA